AUGACCGGCUCUUAUCAUAAGACUGCCCGGACUAUCUCGGUCGUCGCAGGCACUCUGGUAGCUCUGUCCUGCGGAACCAAUUAUGCAUACUCCGCAUGGGCACCCCAGUUUGCGCAUCGCAUGAAGCUCUCGUCGACCGAGAGUAAUUUGAUCGGUGCGGCGGGAAAUCUGGGCAUGUAUGCGAUGGGUAUCCCAAUGGGAUUGUUGACGGAUGCCCGUGGUCCAAGACUGAUCACUCUGAUCGGUUCGAUCUUGCUGGCAUUGGGAUACUAUCCAAUCUACCUAGCUUAUCAAUCGGGAGAGGGGUCGGUGCCAAUCAUCUUCCUAUGCUUUUUUGCUUUCUUGACGGGAACUGGUGGCUGCUCUGCAUUUGGCGGUGCCAUCAAGACAGCUGCUUCAAAUUUCCCCGAUCACCGCGGUACAGCAACCGCAUUUCCGCUGGCUGCCUUUGGACUGAGUGCUCUGUUCUGGUCUAAUGUUUCCACGUUAAUCUUCAAGGAUGACACCGGUCGCUUCCUCCUCUUAUUGGCGCUUGGAACCUCCAUCCUCUCUUUCUGCUCAAUUCCACUCCUUCGAAUCUUCCCCGUCGAAUCCUACUCGUCCCUUCCCCACCAUGGUCCUGGCGAUCAUGGUAAUUCUCAGCGAAUGCGCCGAGCAAGCAAUGUACCAGGGAACUCUGACGAGCACAACUCGACCGCAUUCGAUCAUGAACGAUCGGCACACGCGCGCACACAAUCAAAUGUCUCAAACCACCGAGCUUAUGGUGCCGAUUCUGAUGAGACCUCCUCACUCGUGUCUAAGCCCGAUGGUAGACCCUCUUUCGACACUCUGGAUGACGACUUCCUGGGUGAUGUGGCCGCGGAGGCGCACCACCCGGAUAUUCGUGGGCUGACUAUGUUGCGCCAUGUUGAAUUCUGGCAGCUAUUCCUGACCAUGGCUCUGUUGUCUGGAAUUGGAUUGAUGACUAUCAACAAUAUUGGCAAUAGCGCCAAGGCCCUCUGGCUCUACUACGAUGACAGUGCCACUUCCAAGUUUAUUCAACAGCGACAGGUCAUGCAUGUCUCGAUUCUCUCAUUCGGCAACUUCCUCGGCCGUCUCUCCAGCGGUAUCGGCUCCGACAUUCUCGUCAAGAAACUAAAUAUGUCCCGCUUCUGGUGUCUUCUAAUCUCAGCCAUCGUCUUCACCCUGACCCAGCUCGCCGGCUCCUCAAUCUCUAACCCGAACACGCUAGUCGUCGUCUCCGCCUUUACCGGUGUCGCAUACGGCUUCUUGUUCGGCGUCUUCCCCUCUUUGACCGCACACACCUUUGGCAUUGGCGGUCUCUCCCAAAACUGGGGUGUCAUGACUCUGGCCCCUGUCUUCAGUGGAAACAUCUUCAACCUUCUAUACGGUACCGUCUACGACCGACACUCCGUUAUCGGCCACGAAGGUGACCGCGAGUGUCCCGAUGGUCUGGCCUGCUACCGCUCCGCCUAUUACCUGACGUUCUUCUCGGGUCUGGCUGGAAUCUGCGUUUGUGUGUGGAGUAUCUUCCGCGAGAGGCAGGUUCAUAAUGUUGUGCGGAAGAAGAUCGACCACCGACUCGCAUAG